GUUUGCACAUCAGUGUGCACAUCACGUGGACUCGAAAAUCAGACAAAUACAGCAGGAUCACCUUCCCCGACGCCUGCCUCCACGGACCUCAGUUAUCCAAAGCCGUACGUGGUAGCAAAACGUUUUCUGUCACUCUCCUACAAGCAUCAGUUGCCGCUAAAACUGUGGAUGCGCCGGAGACCUCGAGACAUAUUCCUCCCGGCCGUGAUCAAGCAACUGGCUAUUGAGUAG